UGAGCGAAAUUGCGACAGAUGUCGCUGUCGGCGUAAAAUAUUGUACGUUGAUCGGAGGAAAAUGAAGGCAAACUACGGGCGUACGCCGCUCCCCUGUUUUCACCAUAGCCAUCGUAGCGUUGAUCGUGGGCCAUCUCCGUUCGUCCUGUCGUAAUUCGAGGACAGCAGCAGUGAAUUCAGCGAUAGGACGGACACGCCACACAAAAUACCCAUGGUAGAAGAAGAACAACUGUGGUGGUGGUAGUGCGGUUUGAUCCCCUACUCGGCGGAGUCGCGAAGAACACGGGCCCGAAAAAAGUAGAUUACCCAAAAUUUCCGCUUAACGAAAAAACACCGCGUUAAACGAUACACGUACGGCAAUGGUAUACAAAAACUCGUAAGAGACAAAUAAUCACGUCGUUGCGGAAAAAAUGUGUGUGAUAUAAUAUUCCCUGUGCAAAAGAUUGGCUAGGCGGAAACCGAUAUCGUUCGAGGCAAAUACACGUUAAAAAGCAAUUGUUGAAAACGAACAUUGAUACGUCAACAGAAAAAAAAAAGGAGAGAAACGAAGAACGGAAAUUUAUACAUAUCAGGGUGCUAUUGCUGUUAUGAGAACCAGGAUCCAAUAUCCGAUUGUACUCCGUCGCAUCUUGAAGAAAAAAAAAAUCGAAACAAACAACAAUUGAGUUUAUCUCCAAAAAUUGGACCGUCGAACACAAGUUGUUAUAUCGCUUAUACAUCUCUCUGUCUUUGCGAUACCACUUCGAAGCAACGCGAUACCGGAGACACGAAAAUCCAACGGGGUGUGGAACAUAAAAGAACACAAAAAGUAAAGAAAAAUAACCGAGUACUCGGCGGGGUGAACACGAACCCCAAAAUAUUUCCAAUAUUCAUUGGUAAAAAGGACUUUCCUACACACGCGUGUUUCUCCAAGUUUUCCAUCGAAGGAACCUAGAUUGUUUCCUCAUUCCUCGUCGAAUUAAACUUAUUUAUAUUAUUUAUUUAUUUAUUCAUUUUUUUGCUUCAUUUCGAUCUUGUUUUGUCGUUCAAAAAAAUCUCUCGUUAUUUAUCGUCAUACAGAAAAUACAAGUGACGCGUUAAAGAAAAGAUUCGAAAGAAAGAGAUACGGAAAAGAUAUCAGCGAAGUGUCGCACAGUUAUUCGGAGUUUGGAAAAAAUAAAUAAAUAAAUAAAAGACAUCACGAUUUGUAAAAAAAAAAAUUUAUUCAUCGGUUACCAUUGAUUUCUUCGGAAAAUAAUAAUAGUGAUAACAGCAACAACAAUAAUAAUAGUAACUAAAAAAUCGAUCGCAAUCGAAUAGUCGCUCUGGCUUUCCUGGGAAGGGGUUAAACGUCUCGUCAACUCCUGCAGAUGGGAUCAGGGCUGCUGAGGCCCGACAGGGUAGAAAAAUACGGAGACAGGACCGUCGUAGCGUUUCCCGUCAUUCGGACAAGCAAACUCGAUCAAGCUGGAAUUGAUGGAGUUGGAGAACAUCGUAGCCAACACCGUUUACCUCAAAGCCAGAGAAGGCGGUGGUGACAGCAACAAGGGGAAAAGUAAAAAAUGGCGAAAGAUCUUACAAUUUCCACACAUUUCACAAUGCAUCGAUUUCAAGAACACUUUGGAUAUAAAGUACAGCUAUGUGGUGGAUCAACAACCGAUCGGGAGGGUUUUAUUUCGCCAAUUUUGCCAAGACAAAAAACCGUCAUUUCAUCGUUACAAUUUAUUUCUAGACGCAAUAGAAAAAUACGAAAUAGAAAUGGAUGAGAAUCGAUCUGAACUCGGCAAAGAACUGUUCGCACAGUACCUGAAUCACGAAGCAUCGGACGUUGUGGACGUUUUGAACGACGCAAUGAUCACGCAAUGCGAGGAGAGAUUGAGUCUGGGAAACAAGGAAUUAUUCGUGGAGAUAUCUCAGACUGUCAAAGGAUUUUUGGCCGGUGAACCCUUUUCAGCAUUUCUGACAAGUUUCUAUUUCUACCGAUACCUACAAUGGAAGUGGCUGGAAAGUCAACCGGUUACCUACAAAACUUUUCGAAUGUACAGAGUACUCGGUAAAGGUGGUUUCGGAGAAGUAUGCGCGUGUCAGGUCAGAGCGACGGGGAAAAUGUACGCGUGUAAAAAAUUGGAGAAAAAACGUAUAAAGAAACGAAAAGGUGAGAGUAUGGUACUGAUAGAGAAAAAUAUACUUCAGAAAAUCAAUUCCAAGUUUGUCGUUUCAUUGGCUUACGCUUAUGAGACUAAAGAUGCGCUCUGUCUCGUACUGACAAUUAUGAAUGGCGGAGAUCUCAAGUUCCAUAUUUACAACAUGGGUGGUGAUCCGGGAUUUGAUAUUAACAGGGCAAGAUUUUACGCAGCUGAAGUCGUCUGCGGCCUAGAUCAUCUGCAUCUUCAAGGCAUUGUUUACAGAGAUUGUAAGCCUGAGAAUAUACUGUUGGACGAUCACGGUCACGUUAGAAUAUCCGAUUUGGGAUUGGCCGUAGAAAUAAUGGAGGGUGAUAUGGUGAAGGGGAGAGUCGGUACCGUCGGUUACAUGGCCCCGGAAGUUAUUGACAACGAAAAAUAUACCUUUUCACCCGAUUGGUUUAGCUUUGGUUGUCUUUUAUACGAAAUGAUAGAGGGACAGGCUCCGUUCAGGGCACGCAAGGAGAAAGUUAAACGCGAAGAAGUCGAUCGAAGAGUGAAAGAAGACCAAGAGAAGUAUUCUCACAAGUUUACCGAAGAAGCAAAAAGUCUCUGCCAACAGCUACUGAAAAAAAGUCCAAAAUCCAGGCUGGGAUCUAGGUGCGGAAGACACGGCUCAAAGGAAGUCAAACUCCACAAUUUUUUCCAAUGUCUCAAUUGGAAGAGGGUCGAGGCUGGAAUGUGGGAACCGCCGUUCGUACCAGAUCCACAUGCGGUUUACGCUAAAGAUGUUUUGGAUAUCGAGCAAUUUUCAACUGUUAAAGGUGUCAAUUUGGACGAAACGGAUGACACUUUUUACAGCAAAUUUAACACUGGAAGCGUAUCAAUUCCUUGGCAGAACGAGAUGAUAGAAACAGAGUGUUUUAAGGAAUUGAAUGUCAUGGGCCCGGAUAAUUCACCGACUCCAGAUCUCGUCAUCAACCAUUCACCACCUAGCAACGAAAACAGGGGCUGCUUUCCAUUUCGAAGAAAGAAGAAGCAGAGUGCGAGGACUCGGGAAAUUCCUGUAUCAGAGUGUUAUCUUUUAGAGCUCUCCCAAAGUCAGACAUCCGAAAUGCCGGCCAGUUGAUCCCGAAUUAGUUCGGAAAUAUUUGAAAAAUCGACGCCUCUGGGAUGUCGAUACACGCGUUGCUGCCCCUAGAUUUUUCGAGGUAAAAAAUAUACAUCAUCUCGAUCUCUCGCGAUGUUGACACCGCAGGUUCUUCGGAUGUUUGCAAGUUCCCAACGAAUUCCAUCGAGACGGUGACAUCGACGAUGAACUUGAAAUAGUCGGCGAAACGCGACCACCUCGAUAAAACACACGAUCUCCUUUGGAUCACCCCAACUUCACGUGUGAACGGCAAAAUAUACCAACAGAACCAACGUUCUUCGAAACACGUGUUAAAACUACUUUAAAUGACUACAGGCGAAAAUUGAGGUCAACAACCAAAUUGAAAAAAAAAAUCAAAAUAAACAUAAACAAAAGACUAAUGAAUCAAUGCAGUUCGUACAGUCAACAAUUCUCGAUAUAGUCGUGAAUUUUUCCGAAGAUGGGAAACCAAAUGUUAAUGGGAAGAUGGAAAAAAAGGAAAAAUCUAUGGACUUCGAUCUGCAGGCAGGGCUCAAAUAAAUCGUCCGAUGGAUUCAAAGAAACAAAGUUUCUUCUCUUAUUCGUAAAAUAACGAUAUUCGGAAUGAAGUAACUCGUGCAAGCAUUUAGUAGCUUCGGAAAAUUUUAAAUAAAUAAAGAAGGAAAAAAAAGCCGACCGAUACCAAGAUUAAAGUGGGAGCCUGAUUUUGAGUUUGGAAAGACAAAAAAAAAAAAAGGUCAACGAAGUAGCUGCUGCAACUGCGUCUAAUAAUAUUAGUGGUGUUAGUAAUGAUAAUGAUACUAGCAAUGAAAAAGUAAAAUGUACUUGUCGAAGUAGUCAAAGGUCUGAAAACUCAAAUUAGUCGUACUAGGUCGUAUAACAUUUGAGAAUUAGAAGAAUUAAACGAAACGUGUUAAAAAAUUGAAAAAAAAAACUAUGAAUAAUACGAAGCGUUUAAUCAGAGAGGUCCGUAUGUAGAAUUUGAAACAAAAAUGAAAAUAAUUCUCAGGUUGUUUACAGGUCAAGUUAUAUCAUAAAUUGAAACAUUGUUCAUAAGCACAAUUUACAAAUACAGAAAGCGUCUACAACGUUCGGUGUGUAGAUGCCUCAUUCUCAACGGCCGAGUGGGGGUUUUUUCGUUCCGGAACUUCCUACACCUAUUAUAAUUAUUUCUACUUUGGAAAAAGUAAAUUAAAAUUAAUAAAAACUAGAAAACGAAACAUCAUGAAAUACCAAUAAUCCAUAGAAUUCAACGAUUUCAUUAUUGUAUAAAGUAUGAUUAAGUUACGAAUCUCAAGGUUAUUUUCGUCUUCCUGUUAUACGAAAUCGUUUAAUUUUAUAAUACGCAUUAUAGUAAUUGAAUUGAAAAAAGUGAAAUGAAAGUUCAUUGAUGAGACAGAAGAGAGCGUUUUCAUAUUCCAAAGCACACUAUAGGGGAAUAAAAGGAAGGAAUUAUGAAUAUAGGACAUUAGGUAAUAAGAAAAGCACAUAGAAGCCAAGUAUGAUAAAAAAGUUGAGACUUCUCAUUACAUAAUAUUAUUACACAUUCAAUUCUUUCUCCUCGCAUAACAGUAAGUAUAACAUUUGAUCGAUGUGAAUCUCUUUGGAAACCAAAACAGAAGAGAAAAAGGAACAUAGGUACGCCCAGAUUCCGUUCAUAAAUGCGUUGAACUGAGAUUGGAUAUCGUAUGCUUAGUUCAGCAUCCAUUAUUUAUUAUCGUAAUCACCCUACAGUUAUGUAAUAAGCAUCGCGAAACAAUAGAUUUUCGAGUACAACGAUAGCUUAUGAGGAAACACACGUAUUCACAUGAACAAACUACAAUACAAAAUGUAUGAAGAAACGAUUGAUACAUUGUAUAAAUGUAUACACACAAUAUAUAUACAUAUAGAUGUAACGACUGAAGACGAAGCAAGUUAGAAAGAGAACCGACUAGAAAACAAAUUUUUAUCUUUUGUUAUCUUUUCAAUUAUUAUUAUUGUUACUACCUUCAUGCAAACAAAUUAUAAAUACCAUGACGUGUUAUAGGUACCACCGGAGAUCUGAAAGAUAGGUAUAUUAUCGUCGGUGUAGUUUCAUUGAUUACGAGAAAACAAUACCGAAAGAAAAAAGAAAGCAAAUCUUUCAGAGACACCGAUAAAUCGAAUUAUUUUAUUAGUAGCAAGAUAUCUCGAAGGUAAUUAACUAAAUUUAAUGAUCUGAUUGAUUAUGAUACAUGAAAAAAAGAGAAUAAUGAAGAGAAAUAACUAUAAAAAAUCAUUUGUUAUUAUUACUAUAAUUUUAUUAGUAGUUUCUCCUCCCGGCCUCCGAAUUUAUGAAUAAUUAUAUAUUAUUAUACACAAUAUAUUACUAUUGAGAUACUCUGCGUGAAAUAUUUAUGUAUUUAUAGUGAUAAUGAUGUAUAUGUCUUUGAUAAUAAUUUAAUGUAAUUCAAAUAAUUUAAUACACUACUACCAAUUAAUGUUAUACCUACAAUUACACUACUACUAUUACAAUUAUUAUUAGAAUGAAGGUUUCUUUCAUCGAGAGAAUAGAUAUACAUAUAAUAAUUAUCUAAAUUAUUACAAUAAUAAUUUGUUUCUUACGCAAUUGACGCAUUUACGCAAGGAAACAAGAAAAAAAGGAAAAGAAUUAGGAACAAAAACGGAGUAUUUCUAUUAGUUUUUCUUUUACCUUUUAUUUAUUUUUCUGCACAAAAUCUUGUUUCAAUGCUAUUUGAAUACUAUUAAGACGCGAAUGUAUCAUUUCUUAUCAAUCGUUCAUAGGUAUAAUAUAAGCAUAGAUAUAUAUCUAUGAUAUAAGUAUACAAUAUGUUAUACUACAUGUUACACUAUAUUUUCACAAUUACACGCAUACGUUGUAACAGAUCUUUUUUCAGGUUCAAGAAAUGUACGUCUUGUUUUUACAUCUCGUCAAAGAAUGAUGCACCUUAACUUGAACACUGAACAAAAAAAAAAUUUAAGAAUGCAAAAGAACAAAAAAUUUAUUAUAUGCCAUGAAUUGAAUAUAGGUACGCUAUGUGUCUCUUGCUCAAGUUUAAUUAUUAAUAUUUUCACUCGUGAAAUUUACGUUUUCGUAUAAGUGUUGAUGUGAAAUAAUGAUUAUAAACAAAAUCGAAAGCAUUAAUCCGAAGAACGAAAAAAAAAUAUGUAAAAAAUUGUGGAUUGAUUAGGGAAACAGGCUGAAAAUUGAAAAGUAUUCAGAUAAUAAUCUUAUAGAAACAUAUUUGAUUUCCUGACAUUGUAAACUUUCGAAGAAGAUUGAUCUUUUUAUCCAUGCUUUUGCCAACAACAAUUUACAAAUGUUUACAAUUUUGCCAAGACUCACAAACCAAUUGUAAAAUGUUACGCAAUAUUGAUAAAUCAUGUCUAUACACCAAGGAGUAUACACACGCACAGAAUACAAAUACUGAUUCUCAACAUCCAUUCACAUAAAUGUUAAAUAGUAUAUGUAUCGCUUUUCGUACUGCAGAAAAGAAACAUGAAAAAAUGAAAUUAUCAAUAAGAGUAAUAACAAUAACAAUAGUAGUAAUAAUAAUACACUUUAUAUUGAUAAUAUAUUUUCAUCUAUUCCUUCAUUGUCGAAGAUUAAUUUAUUUUGCGCUUGUGAGGGAUAUGAAUUUUUCUCACAAACAUAUUUUCACUUUAUUGUUAUUAUAAUUGUUGUUAUUGUUGUUAUCAACAUUUUUAUAGCUCACGGGUCUAAUGCCUAUUAUCUAUCAUUCCACCUCCGUGUCUGUCUGUCUGUUCAUCUGUCUGUCUCGUGCAAUUUUUUUGCUAGAUGUUAUUUUUUUUUCAUGCGUUUUUUGAUCAAGUGUUGGUGAAGCAAAAGCGAAACCAAGAAGAAAGUAGAAACAAUGAUCAGCGUAUUCGAAUAUCAAAAAUAAAAAACGAAUGAAGACAAUGCUUCUGUGAAGAGCGAAGAGAUGGUAGUUUUUAAUUAUAAAUGGUAUUCGUAUGUGCAACAAACAAAACGACACGAAAAACAUGUCUAAAAUAAUUAAAAAAAAAAAAGAACAGAAAAUUGGAAAGUCAUAAUUGUUACUACUUAAUAAAUAUUUUAAAUUUAGAUAUACUCAGAUAGGUAUGAUGAUAUAUCUUCGAAAUCGUACAUCGAAAAAUUCAACGCCAAUUGUCUGCAAAAGAAAGAGAGCAAAAAGAAAAUGAAACUCAUGAAUAAACUGGAGAUCGUUCGCAGGCCAAUCAAUCAUUUUUUCAAGAGCUUGCUGUCAUUAAUAUUGUAUUGUAAUUAUAUAUGUGUAUGGUAUACAUGUGAUACACACAUCCGUAUGUUCAUAGUUUCCUGAAUACUUUGUGGAUUAAUGAAUCUAAAGAAAAAAAAAAAAAUCAUCAAGAGAACGAGUUUUUUCUUUUUAACUGCCAUUCUUUUAUACAUGAUUCUUCGGUUCUUUUGAUCAAACUUUACGUUGUCGGAGUUCCUGAAAUAGCUAGAUUGCUUGCUUUUGCACUCUUUCUAUGAUCAGCUCCUCCGAUGAUCAUAUACGUAUCUAUUCAUUAGCGGCAGACUAAUUGUAAGAGAAAUGAAAUCUAGGAACUUAUGCAGUAUAAAACAUCAUUGGUUGUUUCUGAUUCGUUAUUCACAAAAACAACGCUCAUUCAUAAUUUCAUUGCUAUGCACAUUUAUGUGUGUACGCACAUACGCACCUGUCUGUAUGUAUAGGCAUACUAUCGGUGUAUUGAAAUUGAAAGAAGAUCCUUCGAUUAAUUCGUUUUCAAGUUCUUUGACAAGUUUUGGUAUCUGACGAAAUGGAAUUAUAGUAUACCUUGCGAGUUUCUGAGAUAAGUAUGAUUUUCAAAACGUUUUCCAUACAUACACGUAAGUUUAUGCAUUUAUGAUACACUCAUUAGACCAUUACUACGUGCUUAGACAUAUAUAUGUAUACAUAAAAUGUUUGUAUUAUUCUAUAAAUAUACGUAUAUAUAUACAUGUAUAUUUAUGGUAUAGAGAUAUAGAUAUAUAUAUAUCCAUAUGAUACAAGGUUCUAGUUCAUAUCACAGUGUCAAUCGAGAUACCAUUAAUUGUAUAUCUACCUUAAUCUAUCAUAUUGUAACUUAAUCUACAUUUUGUGCAAGUGCAGCGAUUUGUAUGCCGGGUGAAAAUGAUGGCUCAUUUACUCAUGUCAGUAUAUUCGAUGAAUGAACAUAAAAAUGUUUGAAAACUAAAA